AAAUCUGCGAAAACUGAAAAGAAAAAUUCAGAGAACGAAUCAAGCCUGAGAAGCUUCUUCAGCCUGCAUAAUUUGAUCUCUCAUUCGUUUUGCCUUCGUAAAUUGAACCAAUCAUCGCCGAUUGAUUCAGUUCUCUCAUCCGAUUCCGAUCAGUGUAAUUAGGGAUUUGUGAUUAUUCUAAUCCGAUCCAUCGUGGUGAUGAAAUUCGAAGACUUGAUUCCGUUGCGUAGCUUCCGAGACAAUUGUUGAUGGAAAGAGAAACGGAGCCAAGCUCUUCGACAAAGCUGAGAAGAGGCGAUCGAGAAGAAGAAGAUGUGAAGGUUAUCGAGUGGGAAGAAUUCGACAAUGAGCUCACUCGGUUAUGGAGUCUUUCCUCUGCUCUGAAGUUAGCCACAGAGAAGAAGCUAACCUUACAGCCAAAACUCGAGUCUCUCAUUCAGGUUAGUGCUGAAUCAUUGAGACGUACUAAUGAGCUUGAAGAGAUGCGUCAGAGGCUGGAAGCAAAGAAAUUGAUGGUUGACAAGACGUCAGUUACUUGCAAAGUUACUGAGCAGGAUGUUAAAAAGAAAGAGGAUGAUCUCAGUGCAGAGGUUAGGUCUUUGCUUGUAGGCGGCACAACCCUUUCCAUCGCUAAAACCAAAUUGCAGGAGUCAAACUGCCAACUAGAAGGAGAGAGUGGUUAUUCUCAUCUAAAGACUGUAACGAAUAAGCUUAGGAAGAGGCAGCAGUAUAUGGUAUCUCAAGUUUCAUUUAUCUACCCUUUGAAGAUCGAGGCUGGACCUUCUCAAGACCAAGAACUGGAAUCAUUUCCAGGUGGCAGUAGAUUAGUAGGGACUAAGCCUGUGAGUCAAGGAUCCGUGAGAAUUUUGGGGUUGCCUUUUAGUAUGGCCCCAUUUACAAAGAUGAGCUUCUUCACUGACAAGAAAGAAGUUCAAAAGUCGGCAACUGCCCUAGGCUAUGUUGCUCAUGCCGUGUCUCUGUUAGCUCCUUACUUGGGAGUGCCUAUUCGUUAUCCUUUGCGCCUAGGUGGUUCCAAAACAUAUAUUCGGGACUAUGCGCCUUACAUUGAGCCUUCAGCCUCUGAUAUGUCUCCAGUUUCCACACUUUCCGAAAAUGCUAAAUUUGUAGAGUUCCCUCUGUUUCUGGAUGGUCAAGAUACAACUCGAGCUGCUUAUGCUGUCUUCUUAUUAAACAAGAACAUCGAGCAACUCUUGAACUUUGUUGGAGAAAGUAGUCUAGGACCACGUCAGGUUCUAGCUAACCUCAAGGAGCUGAUCAGGAUCAUCCAGUCGCCAGAUUUUAUAUAUUCUUGAUGAUGAUGAUGACCACAAAAUAAGGAUGAUGAUCGGAUAUUCAACACUGUUAGUCUCCUCUUGUAGAUGGAUCCAUUCCUUCUCAGAUCUCACACAGAUUCAGUGUCUCUUACAUCUUCUCAAGACAACACUUUGUGGAAGUUAAAAAAGGUCAGAUUAUUUAUUCGUUAGAGAAGGUUUAGACAUGGACAUUCACUUUAGGAUGAGACUCCUCUCUCUAGGUGUGAUGCUAUUGAAGACUUGAAGUGGAGAAUAAACGAAAGCUUAGUCUAGUUUCUUAUAAGUUCUAACAGAUGUAUCUCAUUUUUGUUUUGUUUUUCCCCCUUUUUGUAUCAUUUGAAAUAUGUUUGAAUUUGUACUUUUAUGAGCAUUUUUCAUGUGACUCGUACAAGUUUCAACGCACU